GUUUCACAGUAAACGAUCAUGAAUAUCGCUAUAAGUUUACUUGUUUUUUGUUUCGUGGCCUUCCUCGAAAGAACUUAUGGAGAAGGUCAUUUGGAACAUCACUACCAUAAUAAGAAAUUGCAUGCUGAUGGGUCACCAUUGCAUCACCAUAGCAGACACCACCAUAAGGCUUUAAAAUCUAGAAACGGUCCUGGAUGCGUGGAAAUAUGUGAUCCAGAAUUAGUGGCAGUGACAAAAUGGCUAAAUAACACCAACGAAUUAAAGGUUCUAUACCAAUUAAUUCCUCCAUCCCUAAAGCAAGCUUUAUUAAAUGGAACUUCUACUACACCACCAUCUAUUAAUGCUUCUUCGUGGCUUAAUGGACUAAAUCUUAACGGAUUAUAUGAUAGUUCUGCUGAAUGGCCUAUUGUCACUUAUUUUUCUAAAAUUAUUGGAUUUUGGCUGUCUAGGGCCCGCAGUAUUUUGGAGUUGUUCCAGAUGUUUCCACAAUUCGCCAACAUAUGGAAGGUUAUAUUACAUGGAAUGAGCGGUGGGUGUGAAAACAGUGAUAUUCUCAUAAAUAACUUGAAAGGCCUUUUCGGUUCCAACGAGUCCUUUGGCGUAAACCUGUUUAAUUUCACUUACUGGGAAAACUUGUUCUCACCCUCUAGUUUUAUCAAGGGAAUCGAACACGCCUUUGAAAACGGAUUUGAUGCUUUGACUAAUGUGUCUUCUAUUGUGAGUAAAUCUUCUCAGCGAGCCCCACAGUGAAUUUGUCAAUAUUAAUGAAAUAAAUUGAAAGAAUUAUAUUUUGA